AUGACUGGUGAUAACAAAAAGUAUUCUUACUAUUUGUGCUCAAUAGAGGAACCAACUGCAUCAUCAGGAAUGGAUCUAUAUUCCUUGGAUGGUCAAUCCGAUGAUCAGAUACCGACAUUCUUGAUCUUAUGUGCAGCUCUCUGUCGGUAUAAACUGCCGGGUCAGGCUGCCUGUCAAGGGUUCAAUGUUCGAUUUGAUUCAGGGAUGUGCGAGUUGUAUCGAUACCAAUCGGUUUAUUUUGCACAACAGUUCGGAUGUGUUUAUCACGCGUUGAAACCAGUAAAUAGAAAAGGCAUCGUUGUAACACCAGUAUAUCCCUACCAGCAUUUGCUCAACAAACCACCUCCACCUAAAAACAAACCAACACCAACUUUCACCUUUCUGGUUCAAAUAAAACUCAAGCCAGACUCAACUGCCUUCAACAAAUCUUGGUCUCAGUUCAAAGUCGGUUUUUCGGUUCCAAAUAUGUCGAUAUCAUCGAGCAGCACGUCGGAUAAUAACGAUUCCGGAGUUAAGGAUAAAAUGAGUGGCGGAUCUUGCGGUACUACAUCUUGGGAUGCGUAUUGGAUAGGUAAUGAGUUAUUGUACCAGCUGACGAACAAAUAUACAUGCAGCCUCCAUGUUUAUCUCUCCGUCAACGAUUCUGGAAGAGAGGAACUUUACUAUUCACAUUACGACCGCAUGGUUGUCGGGGGGCAGACUGUUAACUACCAAUUGAUCACUUUGAACUACUUCGGUGGAAACCUGAGCACAGCUUCUGGUCUCUCGUCCAGGGAGGGGAGGUACUUCUCGACGUAUGACGAUGACAACGAUCCAGACUCCAAUGUUAACUGUGCUCUCGCCUACACAGCAGGAUGGUGGUAUCAUCCAUCGCCUACAAGUUACGGAUCGUGCGGUUUUACGAAUUUCAACACCCAGUACCCAAACUUUCUGACGUACUCAAAUAGCGAGUCUUUCCAGCUGUUCAGCUCCCAAAUGUGGGUGCAAUGCUAUUAA